CUUGUAUCUACCACUUGUACAAGCUAUUGGUGCAGGUUGGUACGAAUUCAGCAGGACGUUGCGUGAGUGUGUCGCUUGCCCGUGAUGGUCGGUCCGCGCCGCGCCGAAACGUGUGCGUUCCUGCUGGCCACCUGCUCGGCCUGGCUCGAGUUGGCUGCCGCCGCUCCCAAGAACACAAACGUGCCCUAUUUCCGGCGCCGGACGACGCGGGGGCGUGACCACAAGCUGGCACGACACCGCAUGGACCUCUACAAGCGCCUUAUCACCUACGUCUUCGCCGCGGUCCUCUUGCCGAUCCUCUGCACUUUCGUCUACAGCCUCUGCACGGACCCCGCGGUCCCAGAAAUCGCGCGGCGGCUCCUGGAGGCCGCGCACCGCAGGUUCGCAGUGCGGCUCUCGACCAAAAAGGGGCGAUGACCACCGAGUCGUUGCAGGCUGUGUCGCACGCUCCGUCACGGUUCAGGGCAGACGUGUGGCACUCGAAGGGCCUGUUCCGCGCUCCUCAGUGAGGCUGCUUUUUGGGGCCUUCUCCCUCCUCGGUCAGGAUGCCCAACCGGAGCUGCGAAAUAGCAAUAAGUGCGAAUGAUGCAAGACCAAAGGGGAACGCACCUUUGGGAGUACGGCGGCUGAGACUAGGUUGCCGUUAACCUGUUAAUUACCCGUUAUUAACC